UUACGUGAAAUUAUUCCAAUGAAUUCGUUUUCAUAUUUUUUUAAUUUCUUCGAAAAUAAAAUAUUAUUUAUAGGGAAAUGAUGUUUAUUCAUGAAUUACAUCGCUAACGUAAUUUGUCCAAUGUUAUGAAACUAAUGUUGCUUGGUUUACAUUACUUUUAAUUUCCAUAUCAAAAGUAGUAAAUACUAUUUAUUUCAGUUUCAGUUCUAUUUCGACUCGUAACGUAAGUAUUGACAGAGUAAGUCGCAAGUCAGAUUUCUAACGAGUAAGAUGGAAUGGAGCAAUGUAUUAAAUCCUACCGUUAGAGUGAAAGAUGAGCCUCUUGAUGAACCUUUCAACGAUGAUAAUGAUUACAAAAUAAUUGACACUACACCCGUUACUCGAAAUGUCAAAUACGAAAGGUUUUGGCAAGAAAAUUCAGGCCAAAUGCUUCAAGAAAUUGACAAAAAUCAUGAAAAUGAAUAUGACGACAUCCAAAUCGAAAUGGAAUGUACCGACAUGAAGCCCAACUUAUUGGCGGUUAUGAAAAUUGAAGAUUAUUCUUCAAAUCAAUGGCCGAAUAGUGACGAGUAUGAAACUGGAAGCAAAAUAAAACUAGAAACUGUCGGGACAGUGAAGAAAGAAAUUUUAAGCGACGAAGAAACUGAUUUGAAUUCCAGACGUGAACUCAGCGAACAAUCUGAAACAAGAAGUGUUUCAAAAGAGUCGAACUAUAAGAGGAGUCUCAAAGCACACGUGGGUAUAGUGCAAAGUGGUAUCAAUCAUACAUGCGAUACAUGCCAAAAGACAUUCUCAAAAAAAAGUGAUCUCAAAAGGCACAUCGCUUCGUUGCAUAAUCAAGUCCGACAUGCAUGCAAUAAAUGCCCAAAGACAUUCUCAGACAAAAGUAGUCUCAAAAUCCACAUCGAUGCGGUGCAUAAUGGUUUCAGACAUGCGUGCGGUAUUUGCCAAAAGACAUUCCCACACAAGGGUUAUCUAAAAAAACACAUUGAUUUCGUGCACAAUCAAGUCCGACAUGCAUGUAAUAAAUGCCAAAAGACAUUCUCAGAUAAGGGUUAUUUAAAAAAACACAUCGAUUCGUUGCACAAGCGAAUCGGACAUACAUGUGACAUUUGUGGAAAGACAUUCACACAAAAAAUUAAUCUCAAUACUCACAUCGAAUCGAUACAUCAUAAAAUCACGCAUCCAUGUGAUAAAUGUCAAAAGAUAUUUUCACAAAAGGGUUCUCUCAAAAAGCACAUCGAUUCGGAGCAUAAUAAUGUCAGACAUACAUGCGAUAUUUGCAAAAAGAAAUUCACAUCAAAGUAUUAUCUCCAAAACCAUAUUGAUGCUGUGCACAAUGGAAUUGGCUUCGGAUGUGAAGUUUGCGGAUUUAGAUUCAUACUAAAAAGUAAUCUCAAAAGGCAUAUGGAUGCGGAGCACAAUGGAAUUACCCAUCCAUGUGAUAUGUGCACAAAGAAAUUUACUGCGAAAAGUAGUCUGAAAGCCCAUAUCGAUGCUGAGCACAAUGGAAUCACCCAUCUAUGUGAUUUCUGUGAAAAAAAAUUUAAAUACCAAACUCAACUCCAUAAGCACGUCAAAUCGUCGCAUAGUGCUAUCAUACAUUCAUGCGAGACAUGCGGCAAGACAUUUGGACAGAAAAGAAAUCUCAGAGCUCACAUCGUUAUGGCGCAUCGCUCGCUCAAUAUGACCUAAUAAAUGUAUCAAAAAUACUAUAAAAACAAUACAUUUUAAUAUGAAAAGAGCCAGAUCAUGUUUCUUAAACAAUAAAUCGAUUUAUCCCUUAGCUUUAUAAUUUUACUUUGAAUCUUUAUUCUUAUUAAAUUCUCUAUUAUUCUGAUAAUCAGUACCUAUGGUUCACAAUAUGACACUGACGACUUUACA